CUGGGAACUCGGUUUCCCUCGCGUAGGUUCCGGAAGAGCUCGGUUCCCGUAGCGGAGCGCGCAGGGCGGGCGCGGGCAGCUGUGGCGAAGAGCUUUGUUCCCGGCAAGCUGUAGUCCCUGCGCUCUCGGAGUGGCCCGAGUUCUGGUGGCGCGCGCGCCGGGGACCCGCGGGGGCGGAGCACCGGUGUGCUAGCUGCAGCCGGAGCUCUGGGGCUCGGGCACCCUGCGUUGCUUGGGGUGGUCCCAGGCAGCUGCGGCCCCCGUGCGCUCCCUGCGGGGUAGGCGCAGCGACUGCCAAGGCGGUGCAAUGCUGGGCCCUCCCGGGAGCCCGGGAAGGGAAAGCGGAAGCCGCGCGCCCGGUCGAUGACCGCGCGGAUUCGGCGUCUCGCCCCGGCUGCCCGCAGCACCCGCGCCUGCCCUCGGUUGCCGGUCCAGCGGCACCCGGCGCGCCGUGACCAUGGCUAUCGCCCACUUGGCCACGGAGUACGUGUUCUCGGACUUCCUGCUGAAAGAGCCCACGGAGCCCAAGUUCAAGGGGCUGCGGCUGGAGCUGGCGGUGGACAAGAUGGUCACGUGUAUUGCCGUGGGUCUGCCUCUGCUGCUCAUCUCGCUGGCCUUCGCUCAGGAGAUCUCCAUCGGGACCCAGAUAAGCUGCUUCUCCCCGAGUUCUUUCUCCUGGAGACAGGCUGCUUUUGUGGAUUCAUACUGUUGGGCUGCAGUACAGCAGAAGAGCUCCCUGCAGAGUGAGUCUGGAAACCUCCCCCUGUGGCUGCACAAGUUCUUCCCCUACAUCCUGCUGCUGUUUGCCAUACUCCUGUACCUGCCUGCACUGUUCUGGCGCUUCACAGCGGCUCCACACCUCUGCUCAGACCUGAAGUUUAUCAUGGAGGAACUUGACAAAGUCUACAACCGUGCCAUCAAGGCUGCCAAGAGUGCUCGUGAUUUGGACCUGAGAGAUGGACCUGGACCCCCAGGAGUGACUGAGAAUGUGGGGCAGAGUCUGUGGGAGAUAUCUGAGAGCCACUUCAAGUACCCAAUCGUGGAGCAGUACUUGAAGACAAAAAAGAACUCUAGUCAUUUAAUCAUGAAAUACAUUAGCUGCCGGCUGGUGACAUUUGCGGUUAUACUGUUGGCUUGUAUCUACUUGAGCUAUUACUUCAGCCUCUCUUCGCUCUCGGACGAGUUUCUGUGCAGCAUCAAAUCAGGUGUCCUGAGAAAUGACAGCAGCAUUCCCGAUCGCUUCCAGUGCAAGCUCAUCGCCGUCGGCAUCUUCCAGCUGCUCAGCCUCAUCAACCUCAUAGUGUACGCUCUGCUGGCUCCCGUGGUCAUCUACACAUUCUUCAUCCCGUUCCGGCAGAAGACAGACGUUCUCAAAGUGUAUGAAAUCCUGCCCACCUUCGAUGUUCUACAUUUCAAGUCUGAAGGCUACAACGACUUGAGCCUCUACAACCUUUUUCUGGAAGAGAACAUAAGCGAACUCAAAUCAUACAAGUGUCUUAAGGUGCUGGAGAACAUUAAAAGCAACGGGCAGGGCAUUGACCCCAUGUUACUCCUGACAAACUUGGGCAUGAUUAAGAUGGACAUCAUGGAUGGAAAAAUUCCCAUGUCCCUACAGACCAAGGGAGAGGACCAGGGCAGCCAGAGAGUGGAGUUCAAAGAUUUGGACCUGAGCAGCGAGACUGCAGCAAACACUGAGGAGAAGAACUCUCGCCAGAGGCUUCUGAAUUCCUCCUGCUAAUGGUUCCAUUCUUGAAUUUCAAGCCUGCGACUUCUGUGGCUGACGCACCCCUGUUGGAUCUGUAGUUAGUUUGCAGUAGAUGUUUUUGGUAUUGAUGUAGUGUGUGUCCUACUGGUCUCUGGUAGACAUAAUGGCCAACGGCGUCUUGGAAGAAUAGAUUAGGAACGUCCCACAAGAGUAAGUGUGCUUUGUCUAAAGUCCUCACUGAAGGGCUGUUAAGAGCACAAAGCCUUCUAGAGCCUCAGAGAAGCACCGUUCUGCACUGGCGGUGCUGGGAGACCUGCAGCUUCUAGAGAGCGAGCACUUUGGGGGAUACUUUGUUUUGUGAGAUAAUAAUAAACAUUGCCAGGAUGUAAUUUAAUAACACCCUCUGUGUGCCCUUACUGACUGUUGGACAAGAAAAGCAUUCACUGGCCUACCAGGGAAGUCGCCUGUGCGCGGCACUGUCCUGAGUUGGGUGUGACCUGUGUCUUGGCUCCUGGACAGGCAAGCUGUCCUGUUACUCACCAGCUAAUUGUUGUCCUCUAACACUGCUCAGUGCCCUUUGACCUCUGCAGGGGCAGCAGGCUGAGGCAGUGCUGACUGAACCCAGCCAAGGAGACAGAGUCAUACCAUGGUGACUCGGAGGGAAGGCUUUUGUCAAUAGAUGUCAGGGUUUCUGAGAUAGGAGAACAGAUUUUAGUGAAGCACACGAAGAGAACCCAGCAAGGAGCACUCUGUCCAGUGAGAGUAGAACAUGGAACUGAUAGAACCGUGGCCUUGGCCAUUUGUUUAGGGUCAGAUUGAUUAAAUUUAAGCCCAACUUUUAAAAUUGUACAUUGAUUUAUUUAAUUGAUGUCAUUUGAGAAGAACAAUCCAGCACUGAUAAGGAUUUUGGAGUAAAUUAUACAUAUAGGAGGUUAGAACGGAUGCUUUUAUAAACAGUUUUGUUUUGUCCCCUCCCCAUCAUAGAUCAGCCCCAUUGUCAGACUCUCAUCAAUCUUCCCUCAGGCUUCCACGUGUUGCGACUACCGGUGUGAGUCCCGGGUCCAGCCUUAGAACAUGUAUGCUGACUUAGAAUUCGUUGAAACCCGGUUACAUUCUAACCACGUGAAUGUGUUAUGUGUUCACAUUUUAUCAUGUUUAAAUGGAAGUCCUCAGGAACCUCCCUCCCAGUUUACUUUGGGACAAUCCUAGGGAUAAUUGUUUCCCUAAUCUAAUUGCUUUCUGGUGAAGUCAGAAGUUAUGUAAGUGGUUGUCUGCCUGUUGGGGUACAGAAAAGCAGGCCUUCCUUAGACUUUCUAGGUUGGAAAGCUAAUAUCAAGAGUGUACUGGGUGCUUCGAAUUGCUUGUCCCAUAUUUCUUUCUGUUGAGUUAUGGCAUGACUGAGAACUAGUAGCUAGGAAACCAUUUUGUAUAUUUAUAUUGCCAUGUCUGAGACAUCCCAUUACAAUUCUCUACAGUG